CGCCGUCAAGCCGCGCGUUGUCGCGCUCACGAGAUCUCGCGCACGUCACCGCCGCUCGCCAUCUUGGACUCUGGCUGAGCCAUAAAUUGCCCGGGCCGGGGUGCGCGCUCUUUCUCGAGGCGCGCCUCGCCGGCGGAGGGUUCGGAGCCCGCGUCCCCGUCCCGUCCCUCCGGUGCUGGUUGUCCGCGUGGCGCGGAGCGAGGCCACACGGCCCCUGCUCGAGGCCCGCGUCGCCAUGGCCGCGGUUCCCGAGUUGCUGGAGCAGCAGGAGGAGGACCGCAGCAAGUUGAGAUCUGUGUCUGUGGACCUGAAUGUUGACCCAUCGCUUCAGAUUGACAUACCUGAUGCACUCAGUGAGAGAGAUAAGGUCAAGUUUACAGUGCACACCAAGACCACACUGCCCACAUUUCAGAGCCCAGAGUUUUCUGUUACAAGGCAACAUGAAGAUUUUGUGUGGCUGCAUGACACUCUUACUGAAACAACGGAUUAUGCUGGGCUUAUUAUCCCUCCUGCUCCUACAAAGCCAGACUUCGAUGGCCCUCGAGAGAAGAUGCAGAAACUGGGAGAAGGGGAAGGAUCUAUGACAAAAGAAGAGUUUGCCAAGAUGAAGCAAGAACUGGAAGCUGAGUAUCUCGCUGUCUUUAAGAAGACCGUGUCCUCCCAUGAAGUCUUUCUUCAGCGACUUUCUUCUCACCCUGUUCUCAGUAAAGACCGCAACUUUCAUGUUUUCUUGGAAUAUGAUCAGGAUCUAAGUGUGAGACGGAAGAAUACCAAGGAGAUGUUUGGAGGCUUUUUCAAAAGUGUGGUGAAGAGUGCGGAUGAGGUCCUUUUUUCUGGAGUUAAGGAGGUGGAUGACUUCUUUGAGCAAGAGAAGAAUUUCCUUAUUAACUAUUACAACAGGAUCAAGGAUUCCUGUGCUAAAGCAGACAAAAUGACCAGAUCUCACAAAAAUGUUGCUGACGACUAUAUCCACACUGCAGCCUGCUUGCAUAGCCUGGCCUUAGAAGAACCCACAGUCAUCAAAAAGUACCUGUUGAAAGUUGCAGAGCUAUUUGAAAAACUUAGGAAAGUGGAAGGUCGAGUUUCAUCAGAUGAAGACUUAAAACUGACAGAGCUCCUCCGAUACUACAUGCUCAACAUAGAGGCUGCAAAGGAUCUCCUGUAUAGACGUACAAAAGCCCUAAUUGACUAUGAGAAUUCAAACAAAGCUUUGGACAAGGCCCGGUUAAAAAGCAAAGAUGUCAAGUUGGCAGAGACUCAUCAGCAGGAAUGCUGCCAGAAGUUUGAACAGCUUUCUGAAUCUGCAAAAGAAGAGCUUAUAAACUUCAAACGGAAGAGAGUAGCAGCAUUUCGAAAGAACCUAAUUGAAAUGUCUGAACUGGAAAUAAAGCAUGCCAGAAAUAACGUCUCCCUGUUGCAGAGCUGCAUUGACUUAUUCAAGAACAACUGACCUGUCUUUACUCUGAAGGACACCAAUGUGAAAGCCAGCAUCACUUGCACUUAAAUCAUUACUGCACAAGGAAUAGCUUUGACUAGGUUAAAAUCAUGUGAAUAAAUACUUUGAUUUCUAAAAAUCUUAA